AUGCCUCUCUUGUUUGGCGUUUUGGUGGCUUUCGAUCCUACUCACUGUGAGCUUAGCUUGGUGCCAUUAUAUCGAAGUCAAUUUGUUCUACAAUUAUAUGGUCUGCUUGCUUGCUUGACACAAUGUAUUGCCGUGAGUUUCUUGGUCAAAAAGUACACUGAAGGUCCCGGUGUGCGUAGAUCCUUGUGGUGGUACCUUGGAGCCUUUAUGUGUUGUGGACUCUGGUUGAGUAUCACUUUCCCCUUGGCAUCGAGCACGUAUUAUCUAGCACGAAGUGACUUCACUGCUUGUGAUGGAUGUAUGAAUGACUGCAGGGCGAGUAAUUUUCGAGCCGUUAUUUAUCUGUGGAUUUGCUACAUUAACACGAUGGUCUACUCUGGCUUGCUUGUGUUUUUUCGAAAGGCGAGACAAUUUACAAGGACCGUUCUCGCAGCAAUGCUUUACGUUGUCAAGCAGUGGAGAUGUUGCUGUGGCUGUUGCAGUCAUCGCCUCACUUCUGGUUGUUGUUGUGCAAUCUCAUUAGAUUAUGGAGAUCCACACCAUCUACCUAGCAGUGCAGCAACAUCCACACUUGGCAAUGCAUCGUCUUUUUUUUGGUUGAGUAAUGGCUCGAGUACUGCCAGGAGAGAAGUCAGUGUCAGGUGCGACAGUUGGAAGAACAACAUCAAUGCUGGUCUAUCUAAUUGGCAUUCUGAUGAUAGUCGUUCUGUAUCGAGAAACGAGACAGCAUACAGUUUGCGUAACUUUGAUUUUAGCACUUCAGUUCAUGCAGUUGAUGAUGGUCAUGCAAAGCUAACAGACAUACAGACUUUGUGUACACUUCACAGUGGCUCGUUGGAAUCUUCAUUGGAACAUAUUUCGCUUGCAAGAUCUGAGCCGUGUCCUUCAGAUGAUCUAGUAAAGACGGAAAGAAGCAUUGCACACGACUCGAUCGUAUUGAGUGGAAUUGAUUUUCCCUUAUUUGACAUGGAUGCAGCUUUUGCUAAACUUGAAGAUGAACUUGAACUAGACAAUGACACUAACCAAAAUCCGCAAGUACUUGCUGCAUUAUCAGAAGAGCACAAUGACAGUGAAACCUCUCCAAUCAGUGAGCUUUCAUAUCGAGUUGGACCAGAAGGAGGUAGUACCAACCAUGGUGAUCUGUCACUGUUUAUUCCACCUGGAGCUGUUGAUGAAGAAGUUACUCUGGUUGCCAAGCUUUACACUGAUCAAACCAGAUUCCCAGUUGUAGACACAACUAAACAUGAAUUCUUAUUCAGUCCAGUUUUGACUUUGGAACCUCAUGGGUACAAUUUCAAGAAGCCUGUACUUAUUCGAUGUCCAUUCUCUGCGUUGCCAGGAGGAUGGCAGCUUUCUCUUCUGAGAGCAAACUGUAAAACAUCUAAAACGCCAAAGCAAUGGGAAGAAAUAGUGAGCUACAAUACAGACACCAAUGAAGUGGUCACUCAGGAUUGUCAGUUUACUCUUGAUCGUGCUUUGUUGAGUGUAACUCAUUUUUGUGACCACUGCUGGUAUGGCAAGUCUCUGAUAAACUCCAUCAGAGGUCGAAAACACCUGCUCUGUUCUGUGUUUGGAUAUCAACCAGAUAAAUAUUGGAAUAGAUGGAUUCUAGAAGUAAUCCUUCACGAUAGAUGUGAUGACAUAUAUGAGAAAACCGUGAAAUAUCAAACUCAGAUGUGCCCAUCACGAAAUCCUUUGGGUGGUCCAGAGCUAUUGAGCAUUGCUCGUGAUGGUGAUGUGAAAUGCAGGUUUUCAUCUUUGUCAUGGGCAUUAGAGGAGGAGUCUAUUGAGCCUUUGCCUUCUACACAGUUUUGGAACGAAUGGUUUGGAAACAAAGGAAAGUUUGAGAUAGCCGUUCAACUUGCAUCCAACCUAAUGGAACGGCUUUAUGAAAUCAAGAUUGAAGUCAAAGGAUGCGAUGACUCACCAUCAGCCGCAUUUAGAAUAUCACCUCCUGUCAACAAUAUUAGACCUAAACGAAUUUCAAUAAGCAAUUCCGUUGAUUUCAAUUCACCUUCACCUUUAGACAGUGGAGCAUUUAGUGAAGUCGACGAUGUGGAGAAAGCGAGUCCAUGCUCUGAUAGAAGUGGGUCGGCAAAGUCAAGACACUCUCUAGGAUCUUCAGCAAGCCCAAGAAAAGUAUACAACAACUUCGACGUCAAGUAUGAGUAUCACAUUAGUAAUGCCCAUACUGUCGUAGCCGGCGAGAAGCCAGUGUUUGCACCAACAGUUGAGAGUAACCCCGAUCAACUGCUAGGCAGUGAUGAUAAGGAGCUGGAACAGCUUGAUGAUAUUAGUCGUGAUGACAGCUCUGGUCUCUCUACACCGCCAUUGCCCACACAUUUCCCUGACCUUCAAAAUGUCUGUAACGACCACGAGGAUCAAUAUUAAUCACAAGAUGUCUCAAAUAAAUCAACCAAUAAGCUGACGUCAUUUGCUUUUGCAAAGUAUGUGCAUGUAUACCAUUCUAGUGUCAUUGCUUGUGAACUAGACGUACAGUCUGAGAGACUGUGUCUCAUGAUCAUUAAAAUUAAUGUUUGUUGUGUAUCGAUUAUUAUUAAACACAAAAAACUAGCAAACUUUCCAGUUGA